UAGAGGUGGAGUUCAGCCGCCGAUGAACACCCAUGAAAGUAACAGUGCUGUAGAACACCUUGAAGUACGCGAAAGGGAUUCUCCUUCUCUCAGUUCAACAUUCCUCGUUGUCGUGAACGCAUUCAAGUCUCGUGUGUGUUUUUAUCAUUUGACAGAUCAGUUACUAAUUCAAAGGCUAUCAACUUUUUUUAAAUCAAUAAUAAACAAUUAGUAAAUAUUUGUUAUUUAUUUAUUUCACUAUUGAAUUGUAAAUAAUUGAACAAUUGUAGGGUUUAUUUGAAUUGUGCAAAAAAUUAGUGAGCUCCAAAACAGGAUGCGAACUUCCUGAAGAAGGUUGUUGACAUUUGAAAAAAACAUCUUUGGAUUUUAAUCAGUGAGAAUGGAUUGGAAAACACCAGGAAUGUCACUCAUACUGUGGCUGGUAUUGAUACUAGGUUUAGCUGACAAUGGACAUGCUGAGAAGAGAGUCGUAUGUUACUACACUAAUUGGUCAGUCUACAGACCUGGAACAGCCAAGUUUUCUCCUCAAAAUAUCAAUCCAUAUCUUUGUACUCAUCUUAUUUAUGCUUUUGGUGGUUUCACAAAAGAUAAUACUCUCAAACCUUUUGAUAAAUAUCAGGAUAUUGAGAAAGGUGGAUAUGCCAAGUUUACCGGUCUAAAAACAUACAAUAAAAAUCUGAAAACAAUGUUGGCGAUUGGUGGUUGGAAUGAAGGAUCCAGCAGGUUUUCUCCCAUGGUCGCAGAUCCUUCAAGGCGUCGAGCAUUCGUAAAAAACGCUGUUAAAUUCCUCAGGCAAAAUCAUUUUGAUGGACUCGACCUCGAUUGGGAGUAUCCAGCUUUCAGGGACGGUGGAAAGCCUCGCGACAAGAAUAAUUAUGCUGAUCUUGUUCAGGAAUUACGAGAAGAAUUUGAAAGAGAAUCUUCGAAGACUGGACGACCAAGAUUACUUCUCUCUAUGGCUAUACCAGCUGGUAUUGAGUAUCUAGAGAAAGGAUAUGAUUUGCCAAGACUCAACGAGUAUCUUGAUUUCUUCAAUCUUCUCUCUUACGAUUACCAUUCAGCGUUUGAGCCAGCUGUUAAUCACCACUCACCACUUUAUGGCUUGGAAGAAGACAACGAGUACAAUUAUGACAAUGAGUUAACAAUUGAUUACACGAUAUCCUAUUUAUUAAAACAUGACGUUUCAUCGGAUAAAAUAAUCUUGGGUAUCCCAACAUAUGGAAGGUCUUAUACUUUGUUCAACAAGGAUGCUACAGAGAUUGGAUCUCCAGCUGAUGGGCCAGGAGAAGAAGGUGAAGCCACAAGAGAAAAAGGAUAUCUUGCUUAUUACGAGAUAUGUGAAAACAUCGGCAAGUCGGAUGAGUGGGAAGUAGUCCAACCAAACCCAAAGGCAAUGGGUCCUUAUGCAUUCAGAGAUAACCAAUGGGUUGGAUAUGAUGAUGAAAAUAUUGUUAGAGUCAAAGCACAUUAUGUAAAUGAAAAAUCCCUAGGUGGUAUUAUGUUUUGGUCGAUUGAUAAUGACGACUUUAGAGGAAAGUGCCAUGAAAGACCAUAUCCGCUUAUUGAAGCUGCUAAAGAAGCUAUGCUUACUUCUGAUUCAGGACGAAGCCAAACAACACAAAAGCCAAAAUUAUCAGGAAAUAGAAAGAAACCUAAGCCUCAAUCGAAUAAUGAGCGAGAUGAUGAGACAUCGAGUCGGCGACUGAGACCUGAAAAACGUAGACCAGGUGCUACAACGUCAUCUAAUAGAAAAAGAAUCUCUUCACCGAGAUCAAAUAGUAGAAAUCAAGGUAGCUUUGAAGAUGAUGACGAUGAAAGGAUUGAAGAUGUCGAAGAUGAUGGCAAUGCGGUGAAAGAGAAUUCUAAUAGAAAUAGAUCAAAACCUGCAUUUAGAACUCGCGCGAAUAAAUCUGGUUCACGAAGGAAAUAUCAAAAUACACAAAGAGAUGAACCUUCAGAUGAAGAAAUUGAUACUUCUAAGGAACAAUCAUUGGGUAAUAAACUUACAACGCCAGAACCACCUACUACACCCGAUCCUGGAACUGAUUUUAAAUGUGAGGAUGAAGGAUUCUUCUCUCACCCUAGGGACUGCAAAAAGUACUUUUGGUGCUUGGACAGUGGCCCUGGGGGGCUUGGAAUCGUUGCUCAUCAAUUUACAUGUCCCUCAGGACUAGUAUUCAAUAAAGCUGCUGACUCCUGUGACUACCCGAGAAACGUAAUUUGUCCAAAAACAAAAUCAACAAGUACUGGAUCAUCACAUACCGGAUCAACAACUAAAGCUCCCAUAACUGCUGCUACAAGCAAAACAACAUUUUUACACAGCACGACUCGUCGGACUACAACAACAGAAAAAGCUGAAUCAGAGGAAGAAUAUGAGUAUUAUGAUGAAGAGACGAAUACAGCUGAAGAUGAAGAUAAGGAAGAAGCAACAAGUACUACAACAGUUAAGCCUUUGAUUUAUAAGACAAUUACUCGAAGUAAACCGGUAACUACAACAACGACAAGCACAACAGACAUUCCUGUCACUAGUUCUCCAAGGAGUUUUAAAUCAACGUCUGAUAGGGUUUUAGGUUUAGAAGAUGAAGAAGAUCCUCAGGUUAUCAAAGAAUUAAUUGAUUUAAUUAAAAAAGCUGGUGGCCUGGAACAAUUAGAAAAGCAAUUAAAAUUAGGAGAUAAAAAUUCUAAUAAGAAAUCAGAACCUGGAAGUGAUGAAAUUACUCCCGCUACAAUCAGUCGUAGUUUAUAUGAACGUGUAUUAAACCGUCAAGCUAGUAAAGUCGGUGGACUUUUUGCAACUACCACAACAACUACUGAGCAACCUAAAAUAAAUAGAAAUGUAUUUUUAACUGAUCAAACGACAAGAAGUAAUCGAAUCAAUUAUCAAAAUGGUCCUGGACGAUCUCAAUUUGAAGGUCUUGAUGAGGUUCCUGAAGUCAAAAGUCUUCGUCGUACUAAUAAACCACAUUAUGUUACUAUUGAACGUCAAAGACCUUCAACUACAGAAUCAAUUUCUGAGGAAGACACCGACGAUUUCUUAGCAGAUGAAGAAUCGGUAGAUCGAGAUACGGCAAAUGUUGCUUCAUCUGAAGAUUUAGCAAUCAGAGAUUUUGCUGGGAAUGAGAGAGAGUCUCCAUUUAAAAAAGCUACACCGAAUUACGUGAACAUUCGUCGUCCUCGUCCAACUACACCUGCCAGUGAAGAUGAUUUUAGAAAUAAAGAGGACACUGUAGAUGAAAAUCAACAAAGGUUUUCUUCACAAGAACGGAUGGAUGAGAAAGAAGAAUCAAAAGAAACAUCUAUUCCCAAAUCUAGGUACACUAGCAUUCAAAGAUUUAGAAGUACAACUUCAAAAUCAUCGGAUUCGACACCAUUCAUUGAAAAUAGUAAUUUUAGUGAAGAAAAAUCAGAAACUCCAAUGACCACAACGUCACUAUAUACUCAAGACAAUAAAUAUAGCUCUGAAAGCUUAGUUGUUUCUACAUCGCCCUUGUCUAUUGAGAUUUCUUCUACGUUAGCCUCUAAACUGCCUGAAGCUACAUUCACUACCGAAGAAUCUUCAGCAACUAGAUCGACAAUUAGUACAACCCAUCUACCACGCACAGAUCCUACAAUUUUCGUUGAAAACUUUGUAACCGAUUCUACAUUAACAACUUUACCCGUAUUAUCAAGUUCAAAAGCACCAGUUAGCAGAACCACAGUCGCUCAACCUCGGCCGUUUGGUUUUCCCCGAAGAGGUCGGCCAACUUCAUCAACGAGUCUACCAAAUACUUUGCCAUCAACAACAGAACAAAGCAGAGGAAAGGUGAGUACCAGACCAACGAAAAACUUUGUGAGAACAAGAACACGACCAAAUCAAAGACCUAGUGAAUUACCUGAUGAAAAUCAUCUUGAUAAUGAAGAGGAAAAGACUGUUGAUGAAAAGACAAUAAAUAGAUCAAGACUUUCUGCAGUAAGAAGAGGAAGUAGCCGAUAUUCAACAAGAACACCGGUAGGAAAUAAUAAUUCAAAUGUUAAUGAUUUUUCAUCAAGAAGACGACCACAACGACCAACUACAUCUGCUCCAUUAGUUAUUACUGAAGCAUCAUUUGAGGGCAGACCUUCUUCCUCAUUUCACAGAAGACGAGGAAGACCAACGACAACUACAACACCAUCAAUUAUCGAAAGUACAACAGAAAAUAAUAAUAAUUAUAGUAGCAAUAAUAAACGACGAAGAAGACCUACUUCAAGAUCCAACAUUGAUAACUUUUCUGAUAGUCCUAUUAUAAGAAUAUCUCCAGCCCUUUCAGAGGGACAGUUUGGCCAGUUAAAUAAUACCAAAGUCAAUUCCAGUGAGCCAUUGAAGGUCACAAAUAUUAAAAUUAUUAGAGUUUACGAUGAAAAUGAAGGAAAGAAUGAUAUAAAUAAUAUAAUCAAUAACUACGAAACCACAACAUUUACAAGUGGAACAGAAAGAAUUAAUUCUGAAGACUUGGAUAGCGUGACUGAAACAACAUUACUUUUUUCAACGACUCCCUCACUAACUAGGUCUCCUGCGUUAAUAAAUAGACACAAUGUUGAUAAUAUUAUUGAUUUAACUCAAAACGUAAUCAGUUCAACAGAAAAUCCAAUAGAAAAAAAUGAACAAGAACCAGAAGUGAUAAGAAGGAAAGUUUAUGUAAGAAGAAGGCCAAUUUCAUCAACAACGGAAGUUAAUUAUCAGUCUGAAGUACUAACAAAACAAAAUAGAAGACGGAAAGUUAUAAGAAGAUUAUAUCCAGUAUCAUCAACAGCUAAUACAAUUGAUGAAAUUGAAUCAUCAACUACUGGAGUAAAUGAUGAUGGCCGAGAAAAUGAAAUAAUAACUACGACAGACUCUUCAGGGUUAUUUACAACAGUAAGAGAUGACGAAGGAUCGAUCUCAACUAAUACUUUCACUAAUUUACCAUCUAUAAUUGAUUCUACAACACAGUUUAGUUCAAAUCCAACUACUUUAGCUACUGAAGAAGAUACUUUAUCUAUAAAUAACGACAUAGAAUCAGGAGAAAGUACUACUGUGAGCAAUAGUUUCGAAGAUUCCUCUACGACAAUUUCUGUUUCAACUCUACAGACUACCACAACAACAACAACAACAGAGAAGCCAAGAUUUGUCAGGAGAAAGUUCAUUCGUAAAAGACCAUUGGACUUUUCAUCAUCUACUACGUCAGCACCUUCAUCACUUACUCCAAGACGCGUAGGAUUCCGACCUUCAAGUGAUUCUACUUUUAACUUGAAUAAUUUAUCUAAACAUAGAAAGAGUUUGUUUAUUCGUAGACGUCCAAUUUCUUCCACACCAUCAGGUGCUGAUGAAGAUUUUCGAAAAGAUAAUAAUAAUGAUCAGGAUGAUGUUGAUGAUUUUGAUGAUCGGGAAGAAAUUUUAUCACAAACAAAAAAACCAAUUGGGGUUGAAAAUACUCAGGAACUUCCUACUCUGAAGAGUCUGAUUAGUAAUAAUAAUCAGAUUAAUAAUGAUAGAGAUCAUAUUGAAAAUACAUUUAGUGAAUUUAAAAUAAUUAAUGAUAAUAAUAAUCCUGAUAUUAACAUUCAGAAUGAUAAAAAUUAUGAAUUCGAAGAUGAAAAUUCUGAAAUUCUCAAUGUUGAAGAAAAUUUUCACGGUAUUAAAAUCCCUGUAAGGAUCAUUGAUGACCAAAAUAAAGAAAUUAAUCACCAGUUUGCUGUUCUUCAGCUUCCUAGAAGUUCAAUUAAUUCCAGUCUGCGUGGAAAUAUUUUUAAAAUUGAGAUAAUUGAUAAACAAAAUGAAAAGAUAUUUAAAAAUCCUUUUCAGCUAGAAAUUAAUGAUAAAUUACUCGAUAAUGAUCAUGAUAAUAAUGAUGACCAUAGUAAUAAUCAGGAAACUGCAUUAGAAAGAAAAAUAAGAGAAGAAGAUUCAACAGUUAAAAAUAAUUUCAAUGAUUUUAAUCCAACGUCUAUUAGACCAACUACUAUAAGACGACCUGAAAUAUUAAUUCCCAAGUCUCAGAACUCUCUUCGAGGAUUCUUCAUUACUAAGAAUCUUGACGACAUCACUGAAGCUGUAACUGAAGAUACAACUGAGUCAGAUAAAGAAUUGGAAAUAGAUUUACCUUUAGAAGUAGUUACAACUAUGAAUGAAUUUAAUUCAGAAAAUAACUUGAUUGAUAAAACAACUGGUUUUCUUCAAAGUACUUCUUCGUUUAUUGAUGAUAAUUUUUCUUCUGUUGAUUCCACUACGAUUAACAGCAUAAAAAUUCAAAAGAAUGCUGAUUUUGAAGAAGAAAUAUUAACAAAUAAUAUGACAUCUGUAAAUAGUACUGAAAAUAGUAAAACACUUAUCACCAAAAAUACAACAUUGUUAAAUAGUCCUAAAGAAGCUGAAGAGAAAAUUUCAUCAGCUGUAGAAGGAAACAUAUCACCAAAAAAUAAAUGGAGGAAGCGGUUAAUACGGAAGAGACUAAAGGUACCGGAGUUGGAGGAUGAUCAGACAAUUGCUGAGACUGAGCUUGAAGUUAAUCAAGUGAGGAAUUCUGGUGCUUCAUUAAGAAAACCUGGGAAUGUUGUAAGACAUGAUGGAUCUGAUCGACCAAAAGUUAUUACACGUAAUCCAACAGUUGGUGAAACUAAGUCUGAUAGACGAAACACAAAUAAAACAAAAUCAGAAACAUUUGAUCAAAGUAGUCGAGCUCAAGAACUAGAAGUAUCUGUAGCAGAUCCACCUAAUGAUUCUACAACACAACCAAGUAAAAAAAAAUCAUCAAGAUUCAGAGAAAGUCAAAGAUAUACUAUUGACACAAGAUCAGCGGAUAAAACUGAUGUACCAGUACCUACUAAAACAACUCCAUCAUCAUCAUCUAUAAGACGACAACAAAGACCUAGAAAUAGUAACAAAAGUAAACUUAUCGAAACUACUUCCACAAGACCACGCCAACCAGCUGUAAUUGAUUAUGAUUAUUAUCUUGACGAAGAAGUUCAACUAUCUCUACAACGUGAACUAAAGGAUAAACUUUACGUAACUCGAGAAGGUGGUGUACGAUGUCUAGAUCAAGGCAACUUUGCUCAUCCUACUUCUUGUAAAAAAUUCAUAAACUGUGCACGAAUGGUCAAUGGCCAUAUGAUUGCUACAGAAUACACGUGCCCAGAUAGAUUAUCAUUUGAUCCAAUUGGAGGAAUUUGUAAUUGGUCUGCUGGACUUGGCUGUAAAAAAUCAUUAACUUCAUUUGUUUGAUAAAUUAAUGUUGUAUAAAAUAUGUAUUUUAUUUCGUAACAAUUUCGACAAUAUAAUGGCAUUAUAUAAAACGUGAUUAUUAUAAACUUUAUAUGUUUUUUUGAAGAUAAAAACAAUGAGAAAUCCAGAAUACAGUUGGAAUUUGAUUAAAGUUAGCAAUGAUGACUAAUUAAUCAGGAUUAGAUUUUUUUAUUGUAUUAACUUGGUAGCCAUAUACAUUGUAUGUUAAUUCUAAGCACAUGUCGUGAUAUUAUCGUGUAAUGUAUCAGUUUUUUAAAUUUGUAUAUACUAAUUUGUGUAAAUAAAUAUAUAACGAAUGUAUUAAUA